AUGUGGAGAGCAGGACGUUUGUUACUUCGAAGUCAUCAACGACGAGUAACAGGAAAUAUAUUGGCAGCGCAAUGGAAUGGUGUAGAUCAAACCUUUGCUUGCUUUGGCAUCAGGUCCUUUGCGCGGAAAGUGGGGGGUGAUUUGGGUGAUCCCGAUGAAGAGCUACGGGAAAUGCAAGAAGUAGAGGCUGGGAAGAUUCGAGCAAAGGAAAUCUCGGCAACUGAUAUGGAGUUCUACAGCCAAUUAGUUGAUGACGACUCUGACGACGAGGAGGACGAGAACGCUUUGUUGACUGAGGAGUACAAACGUAAACAAGUAGCCAUUCAACAAGAAUUAGACUCUCGGACUGGACGAGUGUGGAAAGAUCCAUGGGAAAUCAGCGAAGAGCGAUGGAUGAGCACAGCAACUUUCGACGAUCUUCCCAAGUGGACUCCAGAAUUUGUCUCACGCGUCAGUCAAGAGCGCGUUCAAAUCCAUUCUGAUGGUAUCCCAACGCUUUCAACCCUUGCAUCUAUGAGUCUGCCCGAGCCUGCUUCACCAAACCCAGGAGAAGGCAAGACCAAGGACUAUGCCACAUACAGAAAGAAUUUUCAUUACAAGUACAUAGAGGCAAAGGUGAUGGAACUAGCAGAACCAAAGUUGGAAGGCAUUCUUAAGCUCACAGAUAUGAAUGACAAGCAAGAUGCCGUGGAUGUGUUGUUUGAGACUGUUGAAGAAGAACUUCGACAAAAGGAGGAAAUCCUUGGCAAACACCCCCAUUUCAGCAAGUGGGUCGAGAGAGCGCUUGAAACGUACCUUCAAAAUGCAAAGAAGACAGGAACGGCACAGAUCAGUGGGCAUGGUGCGGCGGAUCCCCAACCGGUGUUCAUGGACUGCUUCGAUGAUAAUGACGCGGAUGCUAUGGUUCCAUCCAUACUGAGCCCCCUUAAACCACAUCCACAAGACGGUACUGGCAGAAUGGUCGAAGACUGGGAGCUUUCAGCUCACAAGAAGACGAAACGAAUUCUCAUCCGAGAGAGUAGCAGCGUCAUUGCUCAGGCUUUGGAAAACAACGAAUCGUCUAAGAUAUUUGUCCACGGAAGAAAAGGGGUUGGCAAGACUGCUGUCCUUGCUUCCGUUGUUGCAUCGGCACGUAAAUCUGGAUACAUCGUCAUGUACUUACCAGAUGGAGAUCGGCUCCGAAAGAACGGUUACUUUGUGACACCAAAUGUUCUUCGAAAGGGCAUGUUUGAUUUGCAAAACUUGUCACAAGAAGCAUGCGCGCAGUUGCUAGAGAAUCAUGGAGAAGAUCUCCAAGGCUUGGAAGCAGACAAUGAAUCCAUGACGAAGUACUUUGAGGAAUCUCAACUGUCAAAAGUCACAGACUACAAUGGAGAAAGUAUAGCAUUAGUUGACCUCCUCAACUAUGCCGAGGAGAAAAAGAAUCAUGCCCCAAUGUGCUAUUCCGUGGUUGUUGACCGACUCAUGAGCCAGGACGAAAAACCUUUCUUGAUGGUUAUGGAUGAAUUCAACUGCUUCUAUGAUCGCGGCCACUACUUCCAUAUGGCAUACGACGAAGACGUCCGAGAAGCGAUCCCCUACGAUAAAAUCAACCUCUUUGAACAUGCAAUGUCAGCAAUGUCCUUGUCUGCAGAUGAGGAUGAAAUCGAACCAAAGGAGCCGAUGCAAAUAAGGCGUGGUGGUAUCAUUGUUGGCACCACCGAGUCACAUGCAGUCCGACGAAAGGUGACAAGUGCUCUGGUGGAUUCUGCACAAAGCCGAAGUGGCUCAAUUCAAGUGGUCGAAGUUCCAAGAUUCUCAGAGAUUGAGGUGGAACAUAUUCUUGCAAAUUUUGAAGCCACAGGUAUUGGAAAACUUCGACUGGAUCGAGGAGACACUGUCAUGGACGAGCAAGAAGUUGAAUAUCUGAAGAUGGUUUCUGGACGCGUUGGGCAAAAGCUACUCGAUGCUUCCUUCCUGUGA